GGAGCUGUGUGAGAGCCCAAAGCUGCUGCUUGUCCCUCUGAUGAUGAUGAUGAUGAUGAUGAUGAUGAUGGAUGAGAGGAAGACUUCGGCAGCAUCACAACAGAACCUGUGCUCAAACUCGUCGGUGCUGAGGACUCGGACCGCCUGUCACUCCUGCAGCGUCAGCACGUUGAUGCCCUGUCCAGCUGGAUACAGACGGACCCCCGAGUCCAAGCUGAGGAACUGCUGGUACUACGUCAAGACCGCCAGUAUGAACCUACACCUUAGCGGCUGCUCCUUCGAGUGUUACAGAGAGGUGGAAGUGACGAGCUGCUGUCCAGGCUUCUGGGGACUGGACUGCAUCGAGUGUCCUGAUCGGGCUGACAAACCCUGCAGCAACAGAGGCGUCUGCUCUGAUGGACUGGGAGGAAACGGGACCUGCACCUGUCAGGUGGGUUUUGCAGGAACUGCAUGUGAGGAUUGUGCACCUGGUAGAUAUGGCCCCACCUGCAGCUCAGUGUGCUCCUGUGUCCAUGGCCUGUGUGACUCUGGACUCACAGGAGAUGGUCGAUGCACCUGUUUCUCUGGAUAUAAGGGUCCAAACUGUGACCAAGAAUCCCCUGAGUGUGCAGCUCUCACCUGUCAGCAGAACUCUCACUGUAUGCAAGAAGCUCUGACAGGACAGCUGGUGUGUCAGUGUCUGCCUGGUUACCAGAAAUCAGGAGAUCAGUGUUUAUCUAUAAACCCAUGUCUUCAGAGGGUUUGUGAUGUCCACGCCUCCUGUGUCCACACUGGUCCAAACCAGCACCUGUGUGCCUGUAAGGAGGGCUACAGCGGGGACGGACGAGUCUGCAUGGCCAUUGAUCCGUGUCAGACCAAUCAGGGAGGCUGCUCGGCUCGCUCCACCCAAUGUGUCUAUGACGGACCAGGGAAGUCUCACUGCGAGUGUCUUCCUGGUUUUGACCACCUGCUGAAUGGCAGCUGCAGCAUGAAGGGCCUCUGUAGACCUGGUUCCUGUCAUGCAAAUGCCAAGUGUACCACAGUGGGACCAGGAAGAGCUGAGUGCACCUGUCUGCAGGGUUACAUCGGUAACGGAAAAGUGUGUCACGGGAACAUCCUGCAGCGUCUGAUCAACCUGAACACUGAACCUCAGGGAGCGUUCAGUGGGCAGCUGAGCAACGCCAUCACUCUGUUUGCGUCUCUGUCGUGGCCUCUGCAGAAUCUGGGCCCUUUCACCGUCUUCGUCCCAGUCGAUAAAGGAUUCAGAGGAACCUCGGUGCAGACUCUGACAACAGACUCCUCCAAAGCUAAAUAUCUGUGUACGAUGCACCUGGUGGCGGGGAUGAUGCCGAUCAGCACGCUGAAGGAGACCAACACCUUCUACACCCUGACUGGAAAGUCAGCUGAGGCCGACACAUCUGAGGGGGACUUGCAGAUUAAAAUCCGCAUCCAUGGCAGCAGAAAGAAAGGUGUCAUCAUUCAGUCUGACGUGGUUGCAUCCAACGGGAUCAUCCACAUCAUCAAUAAGCUGAUGGACAGUGUCCCUCCCACAGUGGCCAGUGAUGCUGAGGAGAACCUGAUGAAGAUCAUUUCUGACUACGGCAAGUUUGACAAGUUCAAGUCGUUGUUGCAGAAAACAGAGCUGGCAUCUGUCCUGGACCGUCCUGAGCCUGUCACAGUGUUUGCGCCCAGCAGUGCGGCUUUUGAUGCGAUGAAAGACGGACACCUGCAGUACCUGAGCAGUGCUGAGGGCCACAACAAACUGGUGGAGCUGCUGAGGAACCAUGUUGUCCCCGACACCACCCUGGAGGUCUAUAACACUGUGUCGAGCCCCAGACUUGUGACGAUGGCCAAUCAGGUUCUGGAGAUUAACGUGACAGGAAAUGGUCAGAUUUUGGUGAACGGAGCAGCAGUGCUGGAAAUGGCCGUCGAAGCCAAAAACGGACGUCUGUAUGUGGUGGAUGGAGUUUUGACUCCGCUCUCCAUUGAACCCGUGCUGCCCCACAGGUGUGAUGUCACCGAGACCAGGAUCAUCCAGGGUGAGUGUGUCAGUUGCUUGAGAGUCCAACUGUCCCGGUGCCCGUCUGGAGUUUACAUGGGCUCCUCCACAUUUGGCUGUACUUACACUCUCUCCAUUACCCACCCAUCUGUCCGCAUCCCAGCAAGAGGUUGCUCCCCGCUCUGCAAUGUCACUGUCACGAUUCCAGCGUGCUGUAAAGGUUUCUACGGUCCUGACUGCAGCCCCUGUCCAGGAGGAUACCAGACUGCCUGCUCUGGACAUGGCCAGGUCAGAUCCAUCACCCACACACUGUCUGUGACAAUGUCAGCUGAAAGCGGCUCUUGCUGUCAGCACUGCUCCUCCUCCAACAAAUAUGGGCCAAACUGUGACAGAACCUGUCCCUGUAUCCACGGACAGUGUGACAAUCGCCCAAACUCCGACGGGCAAUGUAAACUGGACUCGUGUGAGAUGGGUUUCACCGGUCGGUUCUGUGAGCAACAGACGGCGGCCUGCGGCGUUCAUGGUCGGUUCUGUCAUGCCCACGCAGACUGUGACUUCAGCCAGGGAGCCACCAGGUGUGUGUGUAAACGUGGUUACCAAGGUGACGGGAUCACCUGUGUGGAGUCGGACCCCUGCGCCCCACCUGUCAGAGGUGGCUGCAGCAUGAAUGCUAAAUGUGUGAAGACUGGACCGGGGACUCACUCGUGUCAGUGUCUGAGUGGGUGGAGGGAGGACAGAGACGAGUGUCAGCCAAUUAACAAGUGUGACCUUGCUGACAGAGGAGGCUGCCACCGCAACGCCACCUGCAUCUACGUCGGACCUGGACAGAGUGACUGUGCAUGUAAAGCCGGCUACAAAGGAGAUGGGCGACACUGUGAGGCUGUGAACCAGUGUGUGACUGCAGAUGGAAGCUGUCAUUACUUUGCCAGCUGUCAGCUGCUGUCCUCCCAGUGGACGUGCGUCUGUGACGAAGGAUAUGUUGGAAAUGGACACAUAUGCUAUGGUACAGUCGCACAGGAGCUGGUGGCUUUGCCAGAUGCCUCGGAGUUCUUCUCUUGGACAGCUGACUCUGGUCUGUCCCGGUCCCUGUCGGACAAGAACAUCACCCUACUGGUUCCGUCGUCAGCUGCCAUCAAUUACAUGUCUCCAGAGGACAGAACCUUCUGGACCACAGCGGACAACCUGCCGAGUCUCAUUAGAAAUCACAUGAUUCUGGGUUACUACCCGUUAUUCAGCCUGAGCAACGUUUCCUCUGUGACUUCUCUUCUCAAGACCACACUUCCAGUUUCAACAGCCAAAGAGCUCACAGUUGUCGGGGGAGCGACCAUCACCACAUCGAACAUCGCUGCAACCAAUGGACUGAUCCACGUCAUUGAUAAGGUUCUGGUUCCUGACAGGAAGCUGAGUGAAGGUCUGCUGGCGACGCUCGCUCUCAGGCCCGAGUUCUCGCUCUUCAGAUCGUAUCUCAUCGAUUACAACCUGACGGCCGAGAUCGAACAGGCCAAUGGCUUUACAGUCUUUGCGCCGACAGAUUCCGCCAUCACUGCCUACCUGGAGACAAUGGCAGCAACUGCUCUGGAUGUGGAUACGACUCGUUACCACGUGGUGGCAACGGAGCGUCUGUUAAAGACCGACCUGCAGUCCGGAGGAUACAGACAGACACUGCUGGGUUUCUCCUUCCAUUUGGGAUUUUUCCCCCGUGACGGAAAGCUGUUUGUGAACGAUGCUCAGAUCAACUCCUCCAACAUCCUGAGUGGUAAAGGAGUGAUUCACAGCCUGUCAGCGGUUCUACAGAUCAACAGGAACCGCUGUGAUGAAGUGACCUACCAGAAAGUCAAGGAAACCUGUGUCGACUGUUUGCUCCCACAAAGCAAAGCCUGCAAAAAUGACACAAUCCCAGACAAAUCAGUGCACAGGUGUUGUGCAGGGUUUUUUGGGGAGCAUUGUGAACCGUGUCCUGGGCCAAAGAGUCAGCCCUGCUUUGGUAAUGGAAUGUGUUUGGACGGGACAAACGGAACCGGAGUCUGUCGAUGCACCAAAGACUUCACCGGGACGGCCUGUGAAACCUGCCUGAGCGGGAAGUACGGAGUCCACUGUGACCAAGACUGCGGCUGUAAAAACGGCCGCUGCAGUGAUGGGCUGGAGGGCGACGGCACAUGCGUGUGUGACGUUGGCUGGAGAGGAGUCCUCUGUGACGAAAAGAUCCAAUCCAAAGCCGGUGAACUGUGCGGCUCAAUGAAGUGUCACACCAGUGCAAACUGUGUGAUCAGACCAUCCGGACCUCAGUGUCUUUGUGCUGCCGGGUUCGAAGGAAACGGGACAGCCUGUCAAGCUAAAGACCCCUGUUUGUUGGACAAUGGCAGUUGCAGUCUGUACGCUGUCUGUAAGAGGACCCGGCCUGGCCAGAGAGACUGUGUGUGUAACAGCGGAUACUCUGGUGACGGGCUCGUGUGUGUCGAAAUAAAUCCCUGUCUGGAAGGAAACGGAGGCUGCCACGCUAACGCAGACUGUGUUCAUGUCGGACCAAACAAAACCUCCUGUGCCUGCAGUGAAGGUUACACAGGCGAUGGACAGAGAUGUCAGAUGAUCAACCUGUGUCGAAAGAAGAACGGCGGCUGCCACCAGUAUGCCAGGUGUAACAUGACGGUCCCAGGUGUUCGUACCUGCACAUGCAUGGCUAACUAUAUCGGAGAUGGAUUAGUCUGCCGAGGCACUGUGGGGAAGGAACUCCUGACUCGGAGGCUGCGAGAGUUUCAACUGGGCCUGGCUGUGGUGGAGAUUUCUCUGAAAGGCCGUGGCCCAUUCACCGUCUUUGCUCCGAACACCAAGGCCUUUGCAGCCGACAGGAACGGGACCAGCAGGAUGAAGUCACUGAUGACGAGGAGACGUAAAGAAAAGUUUGCCGCUGUUCUGCGCAGCCACAUCGUCAUGUGUCACACGCUGCUGCCCGCCGACCUGAGCCGACCCCGAAACCUGACGUCGCUGUCCGGACUCAUCCUGACCACCAGGUCCAUCCAGGGCAGCAUCUCGAUCAACGAGGUGGGUGUGAUGUACAGCUAUGGCAUCAGUGUGAACGGCAUCAUCCAUGAGAUCAACAAGAUCCUGUUUCCUCCAGGCCUGGACAAAGAGGACGAUCCAGACCCCCCGCUGAACCUGACCGAUGUGGCUGAGCGUCACGGCUACAUGACCUUCUGCAAACUGCUGCAGGACACAGGUGUGAUGCACCUGGUGAACGAUGGGAUGUACCAGCCGUUGACGGUCUUCCUGCCCUCAGAUGGUGUCAUGGCGUCUCUGCCGCAGGAGCAGAAGGACUUCCUGUUUCACCGAGACAACCAAGCACAGCUGGUGGAGUACCUCAAGUACCACAUCCUGCAGAGCCACAAGGUUUAUGCUGAAGGUCUGAUCCACCUGGACUCGGCUCGGACUCUGCAGGGCUCACCGCUCUCCUUCAUGUGUGGCGGGACAGACAACAUUGGAGAAAUCUUCAUUAAUGAUGGAAAGUGUCGGAUCACUCAGAGACACCUGGUCUUUAAUGGCGGGAUCGCUUACGGGAUUGACUGCCUGCUGACUACACCCAGCUUCGGAGGACGAUGUGAUGAACAGACGACCUUUGACCUUCCGAUGAACUGUAGAAUGUGCGAGUUCUCCCUGCGUGAUCGCUGUCCCAGAGGCUUCAAAGAAAAGGAGGUCCAGAAGUGCGACCUUCCCGCCCUGUUGGUCCAUAAGAACUCUGGCUGUCGCAGCAUCUGCACCGUCAACCUCUGGCAACCAAAGUGCUGCCGUGGUUUCUACGGACGAGACUGUCUGGCGUGUCCGGGCGGCAGUGGCUCUCCCUGCAGUGACCAUGGUAAAUGUGAUGACGGUCAACUUGGCAAUGGUACCUGCACCUGUGAGGCAGGUUUCAGGGGCGUGGCCUGUGAGCAGUGCAGCCACAGGUUCUACGGACCCACCUGUACAGCCUGUAACUGUUCAGAGCACGGGUCAUGUGACGACGGACGCAAAGGUUCAGGUUUGUGUUUCUGUGAGGCCGGAUGGACUGGAGACCGGUGUGAGACCCAGCAAGAUGAAGUCCUUCAGUGUUCUCCGUCCUGUUCUCCAAAAGCCGUGUGCAAGGAAAACAACACUUGUGUGUGUCGGCCAUUUUAUGAAGGAGACGGAUUCACCUGUACAGUGGUGGACAUGUGUCAGGUCUGGAACGGCGGUUGUGCUAAAGGAGCCACAUGUUCUCAGAAAGGAGAGAUGGUGAGCUGCACCUGUCCGAGAGGUCACUCAGGAGACGGGUUCACCUGUCAGCCCAUCGACCCCUGUGUCUCCGCAGACAACGGAGGCUGCCACGAACAUGCCAUCUGCGCCAUGACGGCUCCGGGCAAGAAAAAGUGUACAUGUAAAGACAACUACAUUGGAGAUGGCAUGACCUGCGAUGUCAAACAACUGCCAAUCAGCCGCUGUCUCCAAGACAACGGGCAGUGCCAUCAGGAUGCCACAUGCACCGACCUGCACUUUGAAGAUGUGACGCUUGGUGUGUUUCAUUACCGUUCCGAUCAAGGUCAGUACAAACUGAACUACACUGCAGCUCAGCAGGCCUGUGCUGCAGAGGGAGGCUGCCUGGCUACAUAUACUCAGCUGUCCUACGCUCAGCAGGGAGGUUUAAACAUGUGCGCUGCCGGCUGGCUGGACCAGGCUCGGGUGGCGUACCCCACCACCUACUCCAGUCCUAAAUGUGGCUUCGGACACGUGGGCAUUGUGGACUACGGCACCCGCAAAAACCUGAGCGAGACCUGGGACUCCUUCUGUUACCGGAUGAAGGAGGUGAAGUGUGAGUGUAAGCUCGGCUACACUGGAGACGGCUUCAUGUGCACAGGAAACCUGCUGCAGGUGCUCAGAUCCACCCCCACCUUCUCCAACUUUCUCACUCAAAUCCUGAACUACUCUCAGGUGUCUGAGUCUGGGAAACGGUUUGUGAGGUGCCUCAGUAACGUGACGGUCCAGUCUACCCUGUUUGUCCCUGACAACAGUGGCCUACCUGCCAACCAGACCCUGUCGCAGCGGGACAUUGAGUUCCACCUGUCCGAGGGCCAGGCACUGCCUCUCAACCAGCUGAAGAACGGCAGUCAGAUCAGGACCCGGGUCGGCAGCUUGACCGUCCUUGGAGUGGCAGACCUGCUCGACCCCUCAGCUCUGUCGUCCCGUUACAUCAACGGCCGCUUCAUCACUGACUCCGACAUCCUGGCAUCAAACGGGCUCAUACAUGUUCUCCAGGCUCCGCUGAAUGCCCCGCUUCCUGGCCCACAGAUGCAUGUGGCACACAAAGCGGGUCUGGGAGUCGGGGUGGUGCUGCUGGCGGUGCUGGCAGCAGCAGUCGUCUUUGUUGGAUACCACUUCUACACCCACAGUGCCAUACCCUUCCACUUCCACUACUUCAAGGAGGAUGAACAGGAGGAGGACGCGCCACAUGUGGACUGUGGACGCAGCAUCGCUAACCCGGUGUAUGAAGCAGCUCCAGUAGUGGCUGAGUUCAACACAUCAGGUGUCACAGCCGGGGACAAACACGAGGUGGUGAGCAGAAGCUCGUACAACCUGUUGCAGGAUGGCUGAUGGGGAACCCGCUGCUGCUUGCUGGACCUGCCAACUAUGUUUACGUGGACUCUUGAGUUUUCUGACCAGCUCCAAACGCUUCUCUUUCCUCCACUGGUGAAAGUCAGCAGCUGUCUCAGGCUGCACAGGGUUUUCUUUGCAAGAACUGAAGGGCUGCAUCGCCC